CCACUGGAUAUGAAUUGAAUUGCCUGAGGACGCUGCGUGUCCGCGCAUCACUUCCCUCCAGAGAACCUUUUAUUUCCCAGCUGCCUCAGGGAGUCUUUUCUUUCAGUGGUGCGAUUAAAUUCCCAUCAUGAAUCCGCCCUGUGGAAGAUGCAAUAAACCAGUUUACCCAACAGAGAAAAUCAACUGCCUUGACAAGUACUGGCACAAAGGCUGUUUCAGCUGUGAGGUGUGCAAGAUGGCCCUGAGCAUGAACAACUAUAAGGGAUUCGAGAAGAAGCCUUACUGCACUAUGCAUUAUCCCAAAACCUCCUUCACUAUAGUGGCCGACACCCCCGAGAACCUGCGUCUGAAACAACAGAGCCUGCUCAACAGCCAGGCUCUGUACAAGGAGGACUUUGAGAAGAGCAAGGGGAAAGGUUUCAGCGUGGUGGUGGACACUCCGGAGAUGCAGAGGUUGAAGAAGACACAAGACCAGAUCAGUAACAUAAAGUACCAUGAAGACUUUGAGAAGAGCAAAGUUCGAAGUGACGCACCCCCUCCUGAGAACAGACAAGACGAGGGUCAACCAUCCAACCCUGAAAGAUUCAUGCAGCCAGCAGUGCCCCCUGCUGCUGUAGCACCACCUUCUGGCGGGAAGCGUUACCAGGCCCUGUACAGCUACACAGCAGCAGAAGCAGAUGAGGUCUCUCUCCUGGAGGGAGACGUGGUCUCCGACGUGGAGCAGAUAGACGAGGGCUGGAUGUUCGGGUGCAACCAGCGCACGGGGCAGCGAGGACUCCUCCCCGCCAACUACGUCCGACCCGUGUGAGACUCAGAGAUCCGGAGAUCAGACCUCUUCUCCAAAAAUCACCUUUUACAAAUUAAUUUUAAAAGAUUGGCCCGUUUCUGCUUUGCCUUUUUUCUGCAAAUACGUUAUUGGUUCUCAGAUGAAAUUUCACUUUAGAGAAACAAUGAACAGAUGAAGUGAAAAUGUCUUUGUGAUAGAAAACUACAAAAGAGGAAGUAGGAGCGGAACAAAGGUACAAAUUUGCAUUAAUAAUACAAAUUUUAAAAAAAAGAUCAGUUUAUUAUACUUCCCAGAUGUUGAAUUUCUCUCUCAGGUAAUAUUUACCUAUUUUUAUUUCCAUGUCCUUCAACAGUGAAGUGCAGCUUCAGCUUUGCACAAACAAAACAGAUAAAGUCAAAUUAUUAAAUCAGUGAAACAUCCUGUUCAUCUGCUUUUAAAUGCCUGAAAACAGAAACUCAUUUACUGUACGAUUGAAUCAUUUGAAGCUGAUUUGAUUUAAUAAAAAGUGGAAUAUUUAAA